AUGUCGCUCAAGAAACUCUACGAAGACCAUCGCUCGAGUCAAAACCGUGUCAAGCGCGAUGUCGAGACGCUCCGACGAGAGGCUUUGGCGUCCGUGAACGCGCUCACGGAAGAGCUCACCGAACCCGUGCACGCCGGAGCGCAGGCGGCGUUUGAAAAUCAAAAGAGAGUGGAGCAGAGCGCGCGGCGGUUGAGCGAGACCUCGGCGGCGUUGAGAGCGCGCGCGGAAUCGUGGGCAAAGUCGAUGGAGGCGUUCGAUAAGGAAUUGAGGGCGAUCGGGGACUUUGAAAAUUGGGUGCGGGCGAUGGAGCACGAUUUACGGACGUUGGCGUCGGCGUUGGAGGAGAAGAUGGCGGAGCGGGAGAAGGCGGAGAGCGGGUCGGCGGCUUCGUAG